AUGUCCGACAUCCGCAACUUCUUUGCCCCCGAGGGCGGCGUCAGCAGUCAAGGAAAGGAUCCCACCAGCAACAAGAGCAGCAGCAACAGCAGCAGCAGCAGCAGCAACAAGAGUAAGGUCGGCAGCGCAUUAAGCAGCAGCAAACCUGCUGCUGCACCUGCGCCUAAGAAGCCUAAGGCAGCAGCAGCAAACCCUAAGGAAAAGAAGACAGCAGCAGCAGCAGCAGCAACAGGAAAGAAGGCAGCAAAUGCUGGCUCUAAAGGACCGCAGAAGGGCAGAGGCAAGAAGGCACUCAGCAGCAGCAGUAGCAGUAGCAGCAGCAGCAGCAGCAGCGAGGAGGAGAGCGAAGCAGCAGACGAUCAAUCCAGCAGCAGCAGCAGCAGCGACAGCAGCAGCGAAGGAAAGACACUAAGUCCUCCUAAGGUCUCUAAACCCCUCAGGGCGGGCCGUUUGCGUCGGGUGGUGCUGUCGGACAGCGACGAGGAUUGUAAGGAUGUUGCUGCUGCUGACAGCAGCAGCAGCAGCAGCAACAACAGCAGCAGCAGCAGCAAAGAACUAAAAAAGCAGCAACAACAGCAACAGCAGCAGCAGCAGCAGCAGAAGCAAAAAGGGACAGGUACCCGUUGUGUUGUAUUAGAGCCAGGGGAGACAGACAGUGAUGAGGAGACACACAAGAGAGACAAAAAGAAUAAAGUACCUAAGGUAACAUUAGAUAAAUUCCUUAAACCUGCUGCUGCUGCUGCUGCAGCAGCAGCAGCAGAUAGGCAGCAGCAGCAGCAGCAGCAGCAGCAAAAGGCGAAGCCAGAGAGGGUUGAGGUUGAUGUUGAUUCUUUCUUUGCUGCUGCUGUCAGCAAAGAAUUUUUUAAGCACAAGAAGCAACCUGCAGCAGCAGCAGCAGCAGCAACAGCAGCAGCAGCAGCAGCACCUGCUGCUGCUGUAGGUGAUGAUAAAGAAGGAAGGAUUAAGGUAGAUGGGGAGAAGGGAGCAGCAGCAGCAGCAGCAAAAGAAGCAGCAGCAGCAGCAACGGAGGAACCAGAGUCUACUGCCAUGAGUCUUGACAAGGACGAAGUAUGCGUUGAGGACUCUCCUGCCUCCAACAGCAAAAAGAGGAAGCAUUCCUCUGCUGCUGAUGGCAGCAAACCUGCUGCUGCUGCUGCUGCUGCUGCAGCAGCAGCAGCACAGAAGUCCCCCAAGAAGGCCAAGGCGAAGCCCCCAACCAGCAGCAGCAGCAGCAGCAGCAGCAGCAAGUUGGCGGGGAAGAAGGUAGUACUAACAGGUGUGCUGCAGCAGAUGACGAGGGAAGAAGCAAUAGAAAGAAUUCUUGCUGCAGGUGGCUCUGUUACUUCUGCUGUAUCUGGUCGUACGGAUUUAUUAGUAAUUGGAUCUAUAUUAGAGGACGGGAGGCCUGUAGAGAGCGGCAGCAAAUACAAGAAAGCGCAGCAGCAGCAGCAGCAAAAAGGCAGCAGCAUUAAGAUUAUUAAUGAGGAAGAAUUCUUAUCCUUAUUAGGAGAUUCUCCUGCUGCUGCUGCUGCUGCUGCUAUUCCUGCUGCUGUUCCUUCUGCUGCUGCUGCUCCUGCUGCAGCAGCAGCGGGAGCAGCAGGACGCGGUGCUGCUUGGGGAGCACCGCGAGCUAUAGCUGCUGCCGCUGCCGCAGCAGCAACAGCAGCAGCACCAGCAGCAGCAGCAGUAGGAGCAGCAACAGCAGCAACAGCAGCAGCAGGAAAAAGUUCCUCCUUAUGGGUAGAGAAGUACAGACCCCAAACCCCAGCAGAGUUUGUUGGCAACGAACAACAAUUUAAUUUAUUAAUUAAUUGGUUAAGGGAUUGGCAUGAUGUAUGUAUUAAAGGUAUAGGGAAGACAACUGCUGCUGCUGUUGCUGCUGCACUGCAGCAAAUGCAGCUAAUUGAGUUCAAUGCUUCUGAUUGCCGUAAUAAGGCUAGUAUACAAGAGUUGGAGGGAAUAGUACAGGGUGGUGUAACAGUAGAUUUCUUCCGUCUGGAUAAGAGCAGCAAACCCUCAGCAGCAGGAGCAGCAGGAGGAGCAGCAGCAGCACCAGGAUCAGCAGCAGCAAGAGAAGCAAAAUUACCCUGUCUCCUUUUUGAUGAAGUUGAUGGACUAAGCGGAGGAGACAGAGGAGGAUCACAAGCAAUGAUUAAAUUAAUUGAAUCUACUCGUGUCCCUAUUAUAUGUAUAUGUAAUGAUCGUAUGAAUAAUAAGGUUCGUACAUUGGCUACUCGGUGUCUAGAUCUACGAUUUGAAAAACCCUCAGUAAAAACCCUAAUUAGGCGCAUGCAGCAAAUUGCUGCAGCAGAGAACUUGACGGUUUCUGAGGAAACCCUCGCACAAAUUGCUGAAGUUUCAGGAGGAGAUAUGCGUCAAUGUGUUGGUCAAUUACAAUUGUUAGCCAUGGAGGCCCAUCAUCAUCAACAAAUAAAACAAGGGGCCCCUUCUUCUGCUAAGGAUACACAAGUAAUGCUAGGUCCAUUUGAUUGUUGUAAAUUAUUAUUAGAUAGCCGCAAUAAUAAAUUAAAAAUAAAUGAACAAAUGGAUCUUUUCUUUGUUGACUAUGAUAUGAUUCCUCUACUUAUACAAGAGAAUUAUUUAACGGGCAUAGCUCAUGGCCUGCAGCAACAGCAGCAGCAGCAGCAGCAUGGGGGUAUAUUGCUAAUUCUGUACUCAGAACGGUAA